UUCGGUACCUAACCGACGACAUUACCGCACAACAGUCGGAACGUACGUUUUCUUUGGCCAGUGAUUUUUUGUAUUUUUACACACCACCAGUUUUGGCAGCCUUUCUGUAUCGAGUGGACAAACGCCGCGGUUAAAAAAAAAAAAAAACCAUUAAUAUUGUGAAACGACCGGUUCGCGUCACAGUGACACGCAGGAUGUUUGGGAAAUGAACAAUAUUGAUAAACCUCAUCCGCAAAGGCCGGGGCAGCAGCAGCAGCAAUGGACUCUGGGUUGGCGCGGUUUGCGCUGCUAAUAGUGUUGUUCUUCUUGUUGACCGGAGACCUAGCCGGUAUACUCAAGCAUCUGUUCGACGAAUCUGGAUACGGCAAACCGACCGACAUUGCAAGUCCCGUGAACACCCAAAGGACCGCGGCGGACGACCAAGACACUGCUCCUGAAAUCGAAUCGUUCGCCAAAUCGUACGCCAACAGAGCAAAGCUGAUCAACACGAUCAAGGAGUCUUGUUUGCCCAAACUCAUAUGCGAACUGACGGCGUCCACCAACAGAGACGCGUUGACCGAAUCCGAGAUUUAUCUGUUGUCACUCAUAAGAGAUACCACGAUAUCGACCACGGCCGAAGUAACGUCCAAGUAUCACUUUGCCGCCCACAUGGGACAACUGAUCAACGGCGUGGACAGUACCGGUUGCCAUAACUUCUAUCCGGGUUGUCCGUUUCCAGGCCUCCAAGUCAUGCAAAUGAUGAAGAAAGUGAAAAUAUUGUAAACGAAACGACCGUACCCAAUCUAGUCUAUUAUAACAGUAAAAUAAUUGUUAUUUGAACAUUAACAAAAAAAUUAAAAACGUACCUACUACCGCAAUAAUCCGCAAUCGAAUCAAAAUAACAAAACUACUAGUUUUUUUUU